AUGUACAACGGUCUUGAAGCCAUCAGCGUGAAGGGGACGGGCCUUAGCGGCUACGUGCAGCGCAGCAAGGCGGCCGUCUCGCAGCUGGCGAAGUUCACCCCGGCGGAGUACACCGAUGACAUACCGCCUGCCACCAUCAACCCGCUUGAGGCGCUGCGUUCGGCAAAGGAGAACAGGGAUCUUGCCGCGCGGCUGCGGCGGCACGAGGCCCUGCGCGGCAUCAAGCUGAAGGUGUUCAUGUACCGCGAGGAGCGCGUAGCCAGUGGGGUGGCGGCCGACGUCGUUGAGCGCGAGUGCCAAACGCUGUACGACUCACUGAUGCGGAACUACCGGGACGAGGCAGGGGAUGCGCAGCGCGUGGAGGCGGCGGAGGCUGCCCAAAAGACUGCCGAGAGGUUUGCCGCGGCGUUUCGUGUGAGGCCAGGAGCUGUCGGUGAUGCCUUUGAUAGGGUGCAACGCGAGGCAGAGCGACGCGCAGCGGAGGAGGAGCAUAGAAAUGCGAUGGAGCAGAAGAUUGCGCAGCGGGUAAAGCGCAUCAAGGGAGAGAUGGAGCGUGGUGGGCACUGA